CAUGGCGACUUCGAACAAUCCGCGGAAAUUCAGCGAGAAAAUCGCUUUACAUAACCAGAAGCAGGCAGAGGAGACGGCGGCGUUUGAAGAAGUAAUGAAAGACCUCAGCAUUACCAGGGCAGCGAGGUUACAGUUGCAGAAGACUCAGUAUUUGCAGCUGGGACAGAAUCGUGGGCAGUACUACGGAGGAUCUUUGCCAAAUGUCAAUCAGAUUGGAAACAGCACUGUCGAUGUGCCUUUUCAGAAUUCAGGGCUUGACACAAACCGAUCGACGCGACACCACGGGUUGGUGGACAGAGUCUACCGGGACCGGAACCGCAUCACAUCCCCCCACCGAAAACCCCUGUCUAUUGACAAACACGGACGCCAGAUUGACAGCUGUCCAUAUGGCUCAGUAUAUCUGUCACCGCCACCUGAUACCAGCUGGAGGAGGACAAACUCUGACUCAGCACUGCACCAGAGCACAAUCACCCCAGCCCAGCAGGCCUCUUUCACCGGAGGAUCACAGGAGCUCCAGCCAAAACGAGUUCUCCUGCUCACUGUACCGGGGUCUGAAGCAAUUAAACAAGAGGUUGAUGAAGAUGCACAAAACCAGAACUGGGACUGUAAAAAGAACAUUUCAAGGUCCAAGCCCUGCAAAGUUCCCGGGAUCCACAUAUUCCCGUCUCCGGACCAGCAGCUGACCACUUCACUAAAACCAGCAGCCCACAACACUGGUGGUUCUCUGCCUGACCUGACCAAUAUCCAGUUCCCUCCUCCGCUGCCCACACCGCUCGACUCGGACGAGGCAGCAGCCGCCUCCUUCAGCUCCUCCAACAGCACGCAGAGCCUGGCUAACACGCAAGGAGUGAACACCUCUCAGCCCACAGUAACCAUGGAAAUGCAGCCUGGGCAGGACAACAUGGUUCCUCUUAUCCUGAAUGCAGGAGACUCCCACCAGCACCAGAACCUCCAGCUCUCCUCGACAUCUCCACCUCUCACUCUCUCUCAGGCGGCCAUCAACGCUAUGAACCUUGAGCAGCAGCUGUCCCAGUACGCCUUCUUCAACCAGCAGCCGUCAUCCCAGACUCACCAGAGCCAGCAACAGACAGGUCUGAUCCAGCUGCCGUCCUCCGUGAACUCCUGCUCCACAUCAGACAACCACACGUCCUCACAAACCAACAUGACCAUGGACAUGAACACGGCGUCCUCCCUCCAACAGUACCGCAGUAGGGUCGGAUCCUCUGCCAAUCAGUCUCCAACCUCCCCUGUCUCCAAUCAAGGCUUCUCACCUGGAGGCUCGCCUCAACAUAACUCCAUACUGGGCAGCGUGUUCGCAGACUUCUACGACCAGCAGCUCCCAUCCAUCCAGGCCAGUGCCCUCUCUCAACAGUUGGAGCAGUUCAACAUGAUUGAAACCCCCAUCAGCUCUGACAGCUUGUACACCCAGUCCUCCACCCUCAACUACUCCCAGGCGCUUAUGAUGGGUUUGACUGGUGGCCAUUGCAACCUUCAAGACUCACAGCAGCUGGGCUACAGUAACCAUGGCAACAUCCCCAACAUCAUUCUCACAGUGAGUGGAGAGUCUCCCCCCUGCCUGCCCAAGGACCUGACAGGCCCACUGUCUACCGAUGUCAGCUUCGAUGUCGACUCCCAGUUCCCGCUGGACGAUCUCAAAAUCGACCCACUGACGCUGGACGGCCUGCACAUGCUGAACGACCCAGACAUGGUCCUCGCCGACCCCGCCACGGAGGACGCGUUUCGCCUCGACCGGCUCUAACCACCGCACAGCAUGCUCAUGCGCAGGUGUGUGAACGCUGUAGCC